AUGGCGGUCAUAGAUUCAACCUUCGGAGCCUACUUCAUCGGUGUCAUCAUUUCUGCGGUUUUGUACGGCGUGACCUGCGUGCAGGUCUGGUUUUACUACGUGAGUUAUCCAAGUGACCCUUGGCAUAUCAAAACCUUGGUUUUUGGAGUUUUUGCCUCGGACACUGUGCAUCAAGCUUUGAUAACCCACUCGGCUUACGUUUAUCUCGUGUCAGACAUAGGGUCUGCAACCGGACUUGAAGACAUCGUCUGGAGCCUUAUUGUCGAAGUCUUGUUCAAUGCUAUCACGUCGCUCCUGGUUCAAAGUUUCCUUGCGAUGCGGGUGUAUAGGCUUAGCAACAAGAGCAUCCCCAUAACUGCCGUUGUGAUGGUAGUUGUUAUAGCCGAGUUCGUGCUGUCAGUCAUCUAUGUAGCGAAGGCUUUGGUCUUCCAGACAUUCGCGGAGUUGCUCACGCUCAAGGAUCUCUCUUCGGCGAUCAAUGCAACCACUGCGGCGUCCGAUGUCCUGAUUGCCGGCUGUCUCGUCUUCCUGUUGCAAAAAUCACGGACGGGUUUCCGCAGAUCGGAUUCAAUGAUUAACAAACUUAUGUUGUUCAGCUUGAACACUGGUCUUUUAACUGGUAUUUUCGCCGUAGCUUCCCUCAUUUCGAUCUCCGCGUGGCCGAAUGCCUUUAUCUAUAUUGCGUUCUACUUUUGCUUGGGUCGCUUGUACUGCAACUCUCUUCUUGCAACCCUGAAUGCCCGGCGCAUAAUCCGAGCCGCCAGUACGGAUGAUGACAUGUCGCUGUCACUACAAGGUGUGAACAAGACCAACGUUGCUACAUCUCAGCGGCCCAUGCCGAACAAUAUUUCAAUCAAGAUCGACACCACCCAUGAGCUUGUACGGGAUGAUAAGCCGUACUCUGCGAACGGCGACGUGAAGGCGCUGAACGUUGUCUGA